AGAAGCCAGUUCCGCAUCCGGGUUCUUUCAGCUGAAGAGGCGAGGGGGCGGGGCUGAUCCCCAGGGCGACGCAAGGGCGGGGCUCCUCUGGGUUCGGAGCGGGCGGGGCCCACGAACCCUCGGCUUUUCAGUGGUUCGCAGCCUUCACCAGAAAGCGCUCGCUCAUUCGCUGUGGCUGGCUGAUGGGGCGGGGCGAUAUCGGACUUCCCCAACCCAAACCAGCACCUCCCCGGUUUCUGAUUGGCCGAAGCACACCGGAGGGGCGGGGCGUGACUUGGGGCUGUCCCUCGUUCGCUCGCUCCGGCUCAGCCGCUUCCGUCGGGCGGAAGGAAGGAAGGAAGGAGGAGAAGAAGGCGGAAGCGGCGGCCAAGCUGCCCUCCCUGUGGCUGCGUGGCUGAGGCCUGAGUUGGUGCCAUGGAGCCCGAGACACGCAGUGUGCAGAUCCAGUUCCCCCACUACGCUGCUGUCCUGCUGGAGUCCCUCAACAAGCACCGCCUGGAGGGCAAGUUCUGUGACAUCUCGAUCCACGUCCAGGGCCGGGUCUUCCAGGCCCACAAGAGCGUCCUGGCCGCCUCCUCGCCCUACUUCCAUGACAAGCUGCUGCUCAACGACACCAACUGCAUUGUGCUGCCCAGCGUCAUCGAGCCGGAGGCCUUCGAGAACCUGCUCCAGCUCAUCUACUCGGGACGCCUGAAGCUGUUGCUGGAGGCCCUGCCCAGUCACCUGCUGGUGGCCAGCGGCCUGCAGAUGUGGCAGGUGGUGGACCAGUGCUCAGGCAUCCUCAAGGAGCUGGAGGGGGGCCCCUGCAGGCCGUGGUCCAGCCGGGCCAGCGAGAGCCAGUCGCCCAGCAGCAGCAACUACUUUGGGGCAAGGGAGGAUGGGGAGCCCACAGCCGGUGCAGCCGAAGGGCCCCGCCGCCACCACGCCCAGCAUGACGACUGCCCCGAUGAUGAGGUGGUGAAGAUCCGGGUCCCCCGUGACGAGGAGGAGGAGGAAGAGGAGGAGGAGGAAGAGCGGCAGGCUCAGAUCUGCAGCGGCUCCUCAGACAGGCCGGUGAAAGUCAUCUUGGACGAGGCGGAGGAGGGCCCUGGCAGCCGCUCCAAGGGGUCUGGAGAGCAGGCUUCAGCCUUCGCUUCCCCCCACGAGAGCCCCAAAAUAUUCUAUAUCAAGCAAGAAUGCUUUGACUCUGAGGAGGGGGCCACCUCGCUCCACCUGAGCAGCGCUGCAGGCUCAUGCUUGUCUGAAUCCAGCUUCCUCAAAUCCUUGGGGAGGCCGCUCAGCGUGGCCGACAUGCCCGGGCUCUGCCAGGCAGAGAUCCAGGAAACAGGUGAGGUCAGCUACAUCCUUCCCAGUGGCGCCUCCUCUUCCUCCACAGGGACACCCAGCGGCUUCUCGGUGAAGGCCCAGCCCCUCUCCUCCGACUCCGUGGCCUUUCCCGAGAGCUCCUGGAAGCCGGUUGACCUCCACGGGAAUGAGAUAAUUGCUCACGCUGUCCAUGGGCAGGUAGUACACGCACCUGUCAAGCUGAUGUCGGCACCUGACGGCAAGAAGUUUGGCUGCCUGUGUGGGAAACGCUUUGCGGUGAAGCCCAAACGGGACCGGCACAUCAUGCUGACCUUCAGCCUGCGCCCCUUUGGCUGCUCCGUCUGCAACAAAAAGUUCAAGCUGAAGCACCACCUCACAGAGCACAUGAAGACCCAUGACGGCAACCUGUACGCCUGCGAGGACUGUGGCCGCAAGUUCCGUGUGCAGAGCUGUUUCCUGAAGCACAAGGAGCUCUGCAAGGGGCACGGCUGGGCCACCGCCUGCUGGACCUACAAGUAGAAGUGGGGCAGCGCCAGCGGCAGUUAUGCCUGUGGACCCAUUUGCCCGUGGCUAGAGCUGUGGAGGACCCGGGGAUGCAGUGGGGUGUCUGGAGCAAGGAGUCUUUCUCUCUCUCCUUGACACAGAACCCGGCGCUAGGCACAGGAGGGAGCAGCACAGCCCUGCCUGUAUUGGGCUGUGAGGGGCGCUUCGGUCUGAACCCCACUGGGACUUCUGGUUAGUCAUCUGUAGUCUGAAGGGUGGAAGGAGCAGGACCUGCUGGGAGCGCGGGAUGAAGCCCCAUGAGCAAAAAGGCCACACCUGGCUGGGCAAAGGAGGUUUGGCUGGGCAGAAUGUUCUGUGUCGGCAGGGGUACGGGAGGUGGCCAGGAUGGCUCCAGGCCCAGCCGUGGUGGCUCUUCCGUACUUUGUUCUCCUCCUCGUGGACAACCAACUGGCUGCAGAAUAUUGGAGCAGGGUGCAGGCACCAGCACCACUAGUCCCCGAAGCCAGGCCCUGAUGAGUCCUUGUUCAGCAUGCACUGUUCUUCCUACUUCACCUUCGGGAGUGUCUGUUCUCCCCAAGUGACCUCCAAGCAGCUUUUGCCUGGCAGCUGCGUCUGCACCAAUCCUGCCACUUUUGGCGCUGGUCUGAAUCGCCGUGCAGGGCUCUCCAGCAGAACAGCAGGUGAGGGCGUAAGAGGGCCCUGGCUGCUAGAUCAGACCAAAGGAGGCUCAGCUGGUUCAGCGUCUCCCAUUACCCAUAGUGCCCAUUCCCAGAUGCCUCCAGGGAGGCCACAGGCAGGAUGUGGGGACAAGAGACCUCCCCUGCUAUUGCCCUCCAAGUUACUGCUUUUCAGACCUACACUGAACCUGGAGGACAGGCCUCCUUCUUGGUCUCAUCCGUUUGUGAAGCCAUUUUGCCAGUUGUUGGCCCUCGCCACAUCUUGUGUGUCAGAAAGGACCGAGUAAUCUUGCCUGGGAAGUGGCCUCUCCUCUCUGCCUCCUGCCACCUUGAAACUUCGGUGCUUAUUGCAAGUCCCUGUUCUAUCCUUCCCUCUGUGGGACUGCCCAAAUGUAGGCUGCUUUACCCAUGCGCACAAGCACACCUCUUUACCUUUGGCAGGUGAGAAGAGUGGAGGCCUGAUUCAGAGCCAUCUGGCCACCUUUGCAGACUUCCGGGGCUGGCUUCUCUCACAUGCAAUGAGCCGUAAAAUCCUCAAAGAAGCCUGUUGUCUUGCAUAAAUUGCUUCCAAGAGAA